AUGUCUUCAAUAAUAAGGCUAUGGUUUUGGUGUUGCGGUAAGAAAACAGACAACGACAACGACGGCGGUGGCGGAGAGGGAUUACUUGAUAGAGCCGUCCGUAUAACACGUACGGCUAGCGGACAGCCAGUCAACCAGAAAGUGUUGACCAAUUUGCCGACCAAAUUGCAAAACGAAUCGGAUCAGAUUGAAUGGCCGGUAUACUGGCGCUACGCAACCAGUCCGCCGUAUAAUAGUUUAUCGGUUGUUACCAAUCGGAUACUGUUGUCGAGUUACGGGGCCAUCAAUUCGGACGACGUACACAAAAACGAUAUCAAAUGUAUUGUCAGUGUUACCCAUCAGACACCGGUUAUCAACAUUAGACGCGUCGAGUUUAUUAGGAUUCCGAUUGAGGACAUGGAUACAGAAAACAUUGGCCAAUAUUUUGAUGACCUAAGCAAUAGGUUAAUGGCUAUGGAAGCCGUGGACAACAGGAAGAUACUGAUCCACUCAUUGUUUGGUAAAAGUCGAUCGGCAACUGUUGUCAUCGCACAUCUGAUGAAAUCCCAGCGCAUGUCACUGACGUCAGCGUUUGAUUUUGUCAAAUAUUGUCGUCCAAUAAUACGGCUGAACAAUGGUUUCCUAAGACAACUGAUCCAAUACGAGAAGCGUCUGUUUGGCAAACAGUUUACUAAUCAUACGAUGAUUGAGCAGAAAAAUUGCAACCAAAUAGUGGCCAACGCUUGGAUAGCAAAGUAUGACGGUUUGCCACAAUUGGCCGCUAAUAUAAGCACUGAUAGACAACUAACAACUAUUUAG